CCAUAAGGUAUAUCUGCUUUGUGGAAUCUCAUCAUCACUCUUUAUUUUUCUGUUUAGUAGUCUUUUGUUUUGAUACUAUUUAGCUUUUUAGCUACAAAGUAUAUUACUGUGUUUUAAAAAUCCCACCAUUAUUUAAUCGGUGUUUAAGUUUAUAAAAAAAUGUCUAUGGAAGGUAUCGUCAAAGCAGUCCUUGGUGGUAACACUAUUAAAAUCUGCCAUCCACAAUUCUACGAUAGAGAAAAGACUUUAAUCCUUGCUGAUGUUAAAGCACCACGUUUAGGUACAAAAGAUGGAGAAGAUGAACCUUGGGCUUUUGAAGCAAGAGAAUUCUUGAGAAAGAAACUCAUUGGUAAAACCAUUAGAUUCAGAGUCGAUUACACUGUCAAGGAAACAGGAAUGAACUAUGCUACAAUCUUCUUGGAUGAUGAAAAUAUUAAUGAAUCUGUUGUUGAAGCUGGUUGGGGUAAAGUCAAGGAUAUUAAGAAUCAAUCUGAUGAUUAUAAGAAAUUGAUUGCUCUCCAAAAAGCUGCUGAAGAACAAAAGAUUGGUGUUUGGUCAAAUAGCGAGAAAUAUGCCAAACAAGCCAAGACUGAAGAUCCACAAGCUUUGUUGAAAUCAUUCAAGGGUAAGACUGUUGAUGUUAUUGUUGAAUAUGUCAUUAGCGGUACUGCUUUGAAGGUUAGACUCCCAACUAAUGAAGUUGUUUUCAUGAAUUUGACUGGUGUUUAUUGCCCAAGUACAACCAAGGGUAAAGAAACUCAACAAAAGGUUGCUCAACCAUUCUCAAAGGAAGCCAAGACUCAUACUGAAGUUCGUUUGUUGAACAGAGAUGUUACUGUCUUGUUCGAAGGUAUUGAUACUCCAAAGAAGGAUAAAUCAAAGGAUGGCAAGGAUGCUAAGGAACAAAAGGAAAAGACAAGCAAUUUGCACGGAAGUAUUAUUAUUUCUGUUGAUGAAAAUAGUGACAAGCCAUUCACUUAUCAAGAAGAACUCUUGAUGAUCGGAUAUGUUUCUGUUGAUGAAAGAAGCGCUCCAAAGUCUAAGUAUGCUCCAAGAUUCAGAAGUGCUGAACAAAAAGCUAAGAAUGAAAGAAAGAAUUUGUGGGUUGAUUAUGAACCACCAAAACAAUCAUUACAUCAAUCUGACACUGGUUUCACUGCUAGAGUUUUGGAAGUUCUUUCAGGUGAUACUUUGAAGAUUGUCAAGAAUGAUGGACAAGAAGAAAAGAUUUCUCUCUCAAACAUUAGAACCAAGAAAUUCAUUUCAUACACAAAGAAGCCAGAAAAGAAGGAAGCUUCCAAGCAAGCUGAACAGAAGCCAGAAUCUGAACAAUGGGCUUGGGAAGCUAGAGAAUUGUUGAGAAGCAAGGUUGCUGGAAAGGAAAUUCAAGUUGAAGUUGACUAUAGAAGAGAAUUAGGUACUGAAAAGAAGGAACUUAGAAGAUUCUGUACUGUUCUUGUCAAUAAGAAAUCUGUUGCUGUUGAAUUGGUCAGAGAAGGUUAUGCUGAAGUUAUGAAGCUUAAGGCUGAUGAAGAAAGAUCAUCUGCUUUUGAUAGUCUCAUUUUGGCUGAAAAUGAAGCCAUCAAGAGACAAAAGGGUCUCCACGGAAAGAAGAGAGCUCCACAACAUCCAUAUACUGUUGUUUCUGGUGAUGCUGCUGGUAAAUUGAACAAGCUUUUGACUGGUAAGUCUGGUAACACUAAGGCUGUUGUUGAAAAGAUUCUUUCUGCUUCUAAAUUCGUUUUGAGUCUUCCAAAUGAUGCCUCUGUUGUCACUUUCUCAUUGGCUGGUAUUGCUAUUCCAUCAUCUGAUAAACCACUCGGUAAGGAUUUGGCUGAAGAAGCUAAGCAACUUACUUUGAUCUCUACUUCAUGCAGAGAUGUUGAACUCGUUCUUGAAGCUGAAGUUGAUAAGGCUAGCUCACUCACUGGUCAAAUGUUGAUCAAUGGUAAGAAUUAUACUAACACUUUGUUGGAAGCUGGUCUUGCUAUUGUUCAACCAUAUGCUAAGAGAUUGAAGAUCUUUGAAGAAUUGAAUGAAGCUGAAGGUAAGGCUAAGAAGGCCAAGAAGGGUGUUUGGAAAUUGGAAGAUCACACUGUUGCUUUCCCAGAAAGAAAGAAGAGAGAACAACCAGAACAAGAACAAAAAUCCAAGCCAGUUGCUCAAUCAUUCUCUGUUUCUCACUCUAGAAAGACACAAACUAUCAGAGUUACCGAUUUUGAAGAUCCAAUUACUUUCUACUACCAAGGUUCUGAUGUUGUCGAAAAGUUGAAGACUGUUGAAAAGUUGAUUGCUGAACUUAACGUUGCUCAACUUGAAGCUCUUGCUUCAGCAACUGUUGGUUCAGUCUGUCUUGCCCAAUUCACUGAAGAUAAUUCUUGGUACAGAGCUAAGGUUAUUUCUGUCAAUAAUGCUAAUGCUGUUGUUUUAUAUUCUGAUUUUGGUAACAGCGAAGAAGUUGCCAUUUCAACUCUCAAGACUAUUCCAGCCGGUAAUCAACUCCUCACUAUUCCAGAAUGUGCUCAAAAGGCUCGUUUGGCUUUCGUUAAGGAUCACGAAAAUCUUAGAUUUGAAUUGGAAACCUUUUUGAGAGAAACUUUGAUGGAAGGUGAAUGGCAAUUAACUGUUGAAUAUUCUGAUGCAGGUGUAAACUAUGUCACCCUUGUCCAAAAUGGUGCCAAGCAAGAAGAUAACUUGAAUAAGCAAAUGAUCCGUAGUGGAUUAGUUUUUGCUGAUAAGAAGCUCCUUUUGUCUGAAUUCAAGUCAGUUGCCAAGUCCUAUCUCGAAGAACAAGAUUUUGCCAUUAGCCGUCGUUUGAAUUUGUGGGAAUUGGGCGAAAUCUAUGGAUCUGAUGAUGAUGAAUAUUAAACCUGUACAAACCUGUAUUAACUCUUCAUAAAAAAACAAAAACUAUUAAUUAUUAA